CCAAGACACCAUGGCCCCCAAGCUGCUGCUCCUGCUCUGCCUGUUCUCGGGCUUGCACGCACGGUCCAGAAAGGUGGAAGAGGAUGAGUACGAAGAUUCAUCAGCAAACCAAAAGUGGGUCUUGGCUCCCAAAUCCCAAGACACGGACGUGACUCUUAUUCUCAACAAGUUGUUAAGAGAAUAUGAUAAAAAGUUGAGGCCGGAUAUUGGAAUAAAACCGACCGUAAUUGAUGUUGACAUUUAUGUUAACAGCAUUGGUCCUGUGUCAUCAAUAAACAUGGAAUACCAAAUUGACAUAUUUUUUGCUCAGACUUGGACAGACAGUCGCCUUCGGUUCAACAGCACAAUGAAGAUACUCACUUUGAACAGCAACAUGGUGGGGUUAAUAUGGAUCCCAGAUACCAUCUUUCGCAACUCUAAGACUGCUGAAGCUCAUUGGAUCACCACACCUAACCAGCUCCUCAGGAUUUGGAAUGAUGGGAAAAUCCUUUACACAUUACGGCUCACCAUAAAUGCUGAGUGCCAGCUGCAGCUGCACAACUUCCCCAUGGAUGAGCACUCCUGCCCGCUGAUUUUCUCCAGCUAUGGCUACCCCAAAGAAGAAAUGAUCUAUAGAUGGAGAAAAAACUCAGUGGAGGCGGCCGAUCAGAAGUCAUGGCGACUGUAUCAGUUUGACUUCAUGGGCCUCAGAAACACGACGGAAACUGUGACAACCUCUGCAGGUGAUUACGUUGUCAUGACCAUAUAUUUUGAAUUAAGUAGAAGAAUGGGCUACUUCACGAUUCAAACAUACAUUCCCUGUAUACUGACUGUGGUUUUAUCCUGGGUGUCAUUUUGGAUUAAAAAAGAUGCUACACCAGCAAGGACAGCAUUAGGCAUCACCACCGUGCUAACAAUGACUACCCUCAGCACCAUAGCAAGGAAUUCCCUCCCAAGGGUCUCCUAUGUGACCGCCAUGGACCUCUUUGUGACUGUGUGCUUCUUGUUCGUCUUUGCUGCCCUGAUGGAGUAUGCCACCCUCAACUACUAUUCAAGCUGUAGGAAACCAAGUGCAGCGAAAAAGAAAACAUCGUUAUUGCAUCCAGAUUCCUCACGAUGGAUACAUGAGCGAAUAAGCCUACAAGCUCCUUCGAACUACUCUCUCCUCGACAUGAGGCCACCACCACCACCUACAAUGAUCACUUUAAACAAUUCUGUGUACUGGCAAGAAUUUGAAGAUACCUGUGCUUAUGAGUGCUUGGAUGGAAAAGACUGUCAGAGCUUCUUCUGCUGCUAUGAAGAAUGUAAAUCAGGCUCCUGGAGAAAAGGACGUAUUCACAUAGACAUUUUGGAGCUGGACUCAUACUCGCGGGUCUUUUUCCCCACGUCGUUCCUACUGUUUAACCUGGUCUACUGGGUUGGGUACCUGUAUCUCUAAGUGCUGCCCUUAGUGAUGAGUGAAAAGCACUUGGCUCACACCCUUUUCCUUCGAUCACCCCCUGAUCAGUAGUGAACAACCAGAAGUACCAAGGAAGGGCACUGCUCAGUUUAAGUCAUACAUGACCUUCCCACAGCACAGGAUGUGUCUAGCAAAUACUUCUAUUACGUAUUUUACACCCCCACACUCACACAUUAAUUGAAUUUUAAAGUGAUAUUCUUGUUCGCGCCUUAUUGAAUCUGUAGCUUGGUGAUGUUUAUGAAUAAUUUUGCAUAUUGGAAGCAGCUGUGGACUAACUGGCCAUGGCAAGAAAU